UCAUCUCCAUUGCUUUUCGGUGUUUGACAAGAAAAAAGUGAGAGAAACUGACUAGAUAGAGAGAAAAUGAUUUGGGAGGAGGUCGACUGGUUCGAAGAAGAAGAACAUCAAGGAUCAGAAGUAGAAACAGAGCAAGAUAAUCACAUUGGGUUCGACUUCUUUUCGCUCUUAUCUAAUCCUAAGGAUUACUAUAAAAUACUGGAACUGGAUCGGGAUGCCUCGGAGGAUACCAUUCGGUCCAACUAUAUUCGUCUUGCAUUGAAAUGGCAUCCAGAUAAGCGAAAAGAUGAGGACAGUGCAACCUCAAGGUUUCAACAGAUAAAUGAGGCAUACUCAGUUCUAAGUGAUCCUGUCAAAAGGAAAGAGUACGACAGCAAGGGGAUGUUGUAUGUUUAUGAUUGCAAUGUCAUGGAUUACCUAAACAAAUACAAGGGUCUGAUUUUAACAUGCAACGGCCUUGGUGUGAAGCAGUCAAUAUUAUAAAUCUACAGUGUUGCAAACAGGUUUCUGGAAAUUCAUUUGGUAGCACUAGCUGGAAAUAGGAGCUGUCUUUCAAAUGUUUUAGGGUUAAAUCUUGUAACGUUUUCUCUAUCUAUGGAUCCAAAAGUAGGAAAAGAAAGAGUCUAACUUCAUCAUGUAUAAAAGAAAAAAAUGAUAAGGAUAUAUUUCACCAUUAUGUAAGUUUUAUGUUUGCUGCGUCAACUGCUUUAGAA